AUGUCAUACGCAGCCCUCGCGGCGGCAGGCAAAAAUGAGGAUGUCGCAGGGAACGCGGAUGGUGUGAGCCACUGGUGUGGCAGUGCGGGCAGCAGCGCCAUGGAUACGGCCCGGAUGUCUCGACGUGCACUGCACCGGAAGGCCGUGAAGAAGUUUAAUGAGCGGCGGAAGAAGGAGGAACAAAAACGGUUGGCGGAAGCGCGCGAUGGGAAUUUGCUGAGCCCUAACGAGACGAGUGAGAGCAAUAGAGGCGGUAGUGAAAGAAGUGCCACCUCUAACCACGACGGGUGUGUGCAGGUUCCCGCCGUAGCACUGAGUCAUGCGGGUUCCCUGGCAAAACCAGCAUUGAUACAUAAGUGGGAGUUUGAUUUUUUUUUCCGCACAGUGCCGUCCGAGUUGUUGCAGACGUGUGCGGAAUCGAUGAAUCAAGAUGGCGCACCGCCUCCACCGCCUGCCUCCUCGUCGCUUUACACUGCAGAGGAGCAGUCGCUUGUUGUGCUGAAGGACGACAAGCAGCGAAAUCCAGGUGGGUCCAUGCCCUUAAAGACCCUUAUGCAGAGCAGUAUCACAAAGAGCAUUCAUGUGCGGCGGGUGGAGGGGGUUCCGCCGCUUCCCAUGACAAGGCCCAUGCAGCCUGGAACCGACCUGGAUCAGCCGACCUGGAAUUACCUGCUUCCGGACACAACGUACAAUGUGCAUCAGCACGCUCCUGGCUUUGAACGUGAUGAGAACGCAGCGAAGCGGUCCUUGCUUUCCUGUGCCGUGCAGGAAUGGCGUGGUGGCGAAGAGAACGUCCUGUUGCUCUCUACAGGGGAGACGCUGAGGAGUGUGUUUGAAUCUACCUACUACCCUGAGAAGCCACUCGCGUUGGAAGUGAGACGAAUGGGGCCCACAUUGUUGAUAGACUCACACAGUGCAAAGGAUUUUAGCACCAGGGUGCGUGACAUGCGCGAGAAGGCACUGCUGGGUAAAGCGCUCUACCGCAUUCACAACGAUGUUUUCUCUCGGAUGGAAAUGAACAAUGUCAGCUAUAGUGCUGCGGGCGGUGGGGUUGUGACACUGCCGACACACCGUGUUGGGUCACUCGCGCUUUUAAAGGAAACGCGAACGCUGAGUCGGUAUUCACACAUCCUCUCAUGGGAGAUUGGGUUAAUGGAGGUAUUGGUGGGCAUUGAUACCCCAAUUGUGAUCGACCGCAGGGACAAUACGGAGUCUGUGCUAAAGUUAGAGGAUACUUCGGUUGUCAUGACGCCGCAGGAGAUUCAGCGAGAUGCGUUGCGGUGCUGGUUUGACGCAACACUGGCGAAUGUGCCGCAGGUUGGCAUUUACGUGCAUAACGAUGGUAUUAUUAAGCGCUAUGAGGUGCGAAAAGUGCAGGAGUUGCUUGGAAUUGUGGAGGGAAACAUGGCCACGGCCGCCAUGAAUUUCACGAUGAAUGUGCUGCAGUGGCUGGUUAAGCAGUGUGGCAAGGACGGCAUGACGUACGCAGUCAUACGCAACUACGAGUCAGGGCUGUUGGAGAUUUACGAGUACUCCAGAGACGAGCGUCUUGAGAAGUUUCUCCCUGAGGAUGCCGCGGGGGAGGGGGAGAGCACCACAAACGCCAAAAACAAGGCUGGAUCCCCCAAUGACAGCGGGAAAGAGGGAGUUGAGGAGAAUAUUGAGGCGUCAAAAACAAAGGAGGAACUGCACGCCGAAGAGAACGAGCGGCUAAAUUGGGGUUUGGCGACUAUGUGCUUUCGAAUGGGGAUGCAUCUAAAAGACUCAGAGACUAAGGCGCCGGACGCCCUUUCGCUUCUACUACGCAGCUUUGCCGUAUAUUUCAUGCAACGUGCGAAGAUGGAUGAGGCGUGCAAUCAUGUGUGCAAAAUCGUCAAAUGCCUCCCUGGACUUAUCGGUCGCAUGAUUGACACUCAAAAAGCAGCACUUGAGGAGGAAGGAGGCAUCAUUCAGUUGCCGGAGCUCUACCGAGAAGCCUUGCUGACCUGUGGCCGCUUUGAGGUGCGCCUUCAGGAGGCCGCAUACGACGAGGCUCUUUGCGUUGCCACACGACGGGCUUUCUUGCGGUGUCUUCUGCCGUGUAGUGCCGCGGUAUGUGUGUGCGUUGCACGCGCUAUGGAACAAUUUGCUGCGGAGCGACGUGUGUAUAUGCGGCUGCGGACGGAGAGUAAUCGUGGCAGUAAUGUGCACAUUCACAGUCUUAUCGCGAAGGAUCUUCUGCAGGUCGUCGUGGAGGGUCUCCUGCGCCUGGAGCAGAUGAGCCGGAUGUUGAAAAGCGAUGCAGUUUUGACGCAGGGCCUGCCGCUAGCCACCAACAACGUGGAGACACUGGCGUUGGUGGAUACGAGGACGGACUUGCUUAACGUGACCCCUCUUGAGGCCACCCUGUGGGAGCUCUACACCGACGUUGUGCUUCUUGUCAUGAGUGACCGGACGCCGUUUACGGCGGAGGUGCUGCUGGAACUCAGCCGGCGCAUCAAAGCACGCGAGGAGGCACGUCUUCGUUGUCAUCGUCGCAGCAGCAGCAGCAGCAGCAGCGGUAACAGCGGUGAGCACAAGAAUGACUGCGACGACGUCGACAGCAACAACAACACACAGACGUCCGUCGCAGGGGAGUCAACGCUUGCGUGGCUGUCAGCCAUCACGCCGGAUGUGGUGUCGCUCUCAUUCACCGCUCUUCGGUUUCUCACAAAAGUGGGCCUCCAGUCCAAGCGGCUGCUCUCAAAGACGGCACAGGUGUACUAUCAUGUGGGGCACCACUACUUCCUUACCGACCGCUACACCAAGGCGCUCGAGUCGCUGCAUCGGGCGCAGUCUCUCUUCAAUGCGAUGCAGCAGGCCCCGGCAGGCACAGUUUUUGGUGAGUGUUGCAUCUCCUCCGCAACCGUCACGAUACGCGACGUUCAGCAGACGCUGGGUGAGGUGUAUGUUCGCAUGACACGUCUUAAAUCUCGUGUUGUGCCUGCGGAAAUGAAGCUGAGUUUGCAGCGGCCGCUGCUGAUGGGGGAGGUGCGGGCAUUAUCACAGGAGGAGGAAAACUUUUUCCGCCACGCGGUUGAUGCCUUUACAAACUGUGAGGCAAAGGAACAGUUGGCGUCCGUCCUGAGGACGUACGCCGCGCGGCAGAUUAGCCACAUUGCCUUCAGUGGUCAGCAGGCAGACGUGGCAAAGGGUCGUCACAUCUUUUCCAUGCUGCGAAAGUCGGCAGAGCUAAGCUUCAGCACUGACGAAGUGGACUGGGAAGUGCUGCGGCUCUUUACCUGCGCCGCACAUCAUGCCGCGCUGCAACACCGGGCGGAGCAGAUUGUGUCGCAGUGGACAACACACCUUGGGACAGCCGAGGGGGCAUCUGUGCACAUGCCGCUGAAGCUCAUGUCCAGCGUACAUCCGGUGGAGAGUGCGUUGCAGCUGGCUCUGGUGUUUCUGUCCCAGUUGGAGACGAAAAGGAACGCAAACACGCACCAAGCGAUGCGGCUUGUGCGUGGGUGUGCCGCCCAUGUUGUAAUUGCAAUUCAUGAUGCUCAUGCAGCGAGCAAGUCACCUGGUGCCUUGCUGGUUCGUGCCGCGUCCACCUGGAAGGCGCGCUGCACUCAUGAGUGGGUGUGUUACGUUGCAAUGAUGAUAAGCCUUCGAGCCAUGCGGGCUUUGGUGCGGCUGUUGCCAGGGGAGAAGGCAUCGGAGGCGAAGCAGUUGCUUCGACGACUAAUAUGCAUGGAGGAAAGCAAACACGAGCUACAAGCUAAGUCAGAGGUGUGCGUAGGCAAAUGCCAUUUUAGUUGCCUCUCCGAGACCCUUGUGGAGUCCUUGGAGGGUGUCGCUAAAUGGUGA